ACAAAUAUAUAUAAUAAAUCUGAUAAAUAACUAAUCAAUAUAGAAAUAUCUUUUAUUCAACGCAUUUAAUAUCUUUUUGUGCACUCUAAUGAGAUGCUGCGGUUUAAAUAUGUAAGGAUGAUUAUUAAUUAUAUAGAACACAAAGUUAAUAACAACACAAAAUUGCAAAAGAAUGUUUGUGUGUUUAAAAAAAGAUAUAUUUGUAUAUAAUAAAUAAGUAUGCUAGACACAUGUUGUGCGCAUAUAUAUUUCUGGAGAAAAUCUCAAAUUAACAAAUUAGAAUUUCAAUCAUGUCACUUUUUGUAGUAAUUACAUAUGUUUUAGUUUUGUACUAAAGCAAAUAAAAUGUUCUUAAAAAUUCAGUCUUUUUACAAAAAAUCGAUCUAUUUGAAGUUUUAUGAAAAGACUGUUUCUUUUUUUUAAGUUAUCAGCCGGUUUUUCACGCACAUGCGCGUCAAAGUAUAGUGUAAGAACAUCUGUGUGUAUUUUUAAAAAUUAUCAUUUCUUAUUUUGUCAAUAGUUUCUUUGAAAUAUUUAAAUUUAUAUGUACAUAUAUUGAGCAAUAUUAAGUUAUUUAUUCAUUUUGAUAUAUACAUAUAUAUGGCAUAUAUCAUAGUUCUAUUGUGCGUGCACACAAAAAAACCGGCCUGACCUAAUGUUAUCGGGAGAGGCAUGCUAGAAGCGCACAAAGAAACGCGAUUAGAAAAAAAAAAAAAAAAAAAAAACAUUAUCGACUGUUCAGCGCGCGAGGAGGACAGAAAGAGAGAGAGUAAUAAGCAUAACUACGCGCCAUCAGCAGUCAGCUGAUUCGACAGCGUCUCGUCGCGAUACAGCAAUUAUUGUAUUGGUUUGACUUUGGCGAUGCUAGAUUACACACGUCUGGCUAUUUAUCGCCCAUGAGAUGCUGAGAUUCCGGAAAUUAUUUCCACAACCCUGCUCAAUUAUCGCAAUGGUGCACGUAGGAGCGCUCCCUGUUUAAAAAUAUAAAGACUGCACCGAGAAGAUCGUGGAAAACGCAAUUAAAGAAGCAUCAAUGUACGCGAAAUAUAACGUGGAUGGAAUACUGAUCGAAAAUAUGCACGACAUUCCCUACGUUAGGCAGAGAGAUCUGUCACCGGAAAUCACAGCUAUGAUGACAAGAAUUUGUCUAGAAGUUAAAAAAAAUGUGCCGCAAAAUAUCGCAUGUGGCGUUCAGAUUCUCGCAGGAUGCAACAAGGAAGCGAUCGCGGUUGCCAAGGCUGCAGGAUUGCAAUUUAUCAGAGCCGAAGGAUUCGUCUUCUCCCACAUGGCCGAUGAAGGCUUUAUUGAUGCAAAUGCCGGAACUUUAUUGAGAUACAGAAGACAGAUUGACGCAGACAACAUUCUCGUUUUUGCUGAUGUCAAGAAAAAACACAGCUCGCACGCAAUUACUUCCGACGUGAGCUUAUUGGAGACGGUUAAAGCUGCGGAAUUUUUUUUAGCCGACGGCGUUAUAUUGACCGGUAAUGCAACCGGAGAGGAAGUAAACGUAAGGGAUCUUUCAGAAGUGCGAGAGCGCGUCGUCUCGAGGCUACCGUUGCUGAUCGGCUCGGGCGUGACGUUGGACAACGUAGAUAAUUAUGCGAAUGUAGCGGACGCGCUGAUUGUGGGAUCGCACCUGAAGACGGCUGGCCGAUGGGAGAAUGCGCCCGACCCGGAGAGAGUCCAAGCCUUUGUCGGACAUUUAAAAAGACAACAGCGCCUAUGACAACUGACAACACGCGAUUCUGUAGCCAGCGCGCGAGGGAGCCAGCCAGAAACCGGCAGCUGUUCGACCAGCUGAGCGAGCUUCCACCUUCGAUUGGCUCUGCCGCCGUCAGGGCUGAAUAUCACGCAUUUGCGAAGCUGGCGCUUUGGUGCCUCCGAAAAUCGCAACGGCA